GUAUUAACAGCAAAGCCUGGGGAAGUGAGGGCUUACCAAGCCCUUACUGUACUUUGGCAAGUAGGAUGUGAAAUUCAGCUACUGCACAUGGAACCUUGGUCAUCAUUUGUAACUAAUUUGAAAAAUGGGGGACUGGCAGUACCAAAAAGCAUGUGGCUGCCAAAUGACCAUUUAUGUUUGGUACGACUGACUCCUCACCAAAAUCUAUUUAUAGGAGGCUUGAAUCCCACUACUUCAUCUACCUUUAUUUUCAUGGUGAAACAGUGUCUUGCUAAACCCACGUCCAGACUUACUGAUAAAUUAAAUUCGUGGAGCUUGGACAGUGGUGGCAAAUUACUGAGUCAGCUAGAAAUUCCAAACAAUGCUCAAACACGUAACUUAUACCCAGAAGACUAUAGGCGUCUUUUUGAGGCUUUGCAAAACUCUGAUAUGUUUACUGAAACUUGGUUUCAUGAUGAAGUCUUGGAAAGUAUAAGGAACAUAAACUUAUAA